AUGAAAGAAUGCUCACAUUGUGGAGUAUUAAAACCAAUCCAAGAAUUCAUGAGGGUUCAUGGUACAAGAAAAGGUCUAUUCACAAACUGCAAUCGCUGUUCUGAACAAAAGAAACAAAACUCAACAAGUAAAAGUUCAAUUAAUAAAGAUAUAAUGCAAGAAGAUAAUUCAAGUUAUUUACAACCUGAAAGUAACCUUGACUCCGGUCUAUUAACAACGAUUAAAGAUGACAAUGAAGACCUUAUCUACGAACUAGAAGACCUUGAAGAACUUGUAUCUACACAUUUUUCAAACAAUGAACAUGUUGAGUUUUCAGCUAUAAUUGAAUUAAGCAAUAAAUUUAUUGAAGAGACAUUAUCAAAUGAAACUGGCCCGAAUGAUGAUAGUAGUCAAGGUGAUGGUGGGCAAA